AUGAUACAAAAAUUGAAACAGAGUCGUUCGGAAGAAGUCAAGAACUUUUAUGUCACUGCUGAUGGAUCAAUUGCAUUACAACCUAGUAAUGAUUUGAUUACUUGUGACUCGGAUGGCUCGUAUGACUUCAAUUUAAGUACACUGUAUGAAUGUACAACUGACAAAACUGACAAAAAGUCGUUUGACAAUACCCCUACAGUUAACAUAAUCAAUACAUGUAAUACAACUGAUAGUCAAUCGUCUGGCAAUACCUCUACAGUUCGAAAUACACAGGAUUCGUCUACUGCUGUUUCACCGAAUACAGAAAACAUAUCAAAAUAUCAAUUUUCGCGUUAUUUGAGUGUGGAAAAUACACUUCUGCAUCAUCCAAACGGUAAGGAGUUACUCAAUAAUAUUAAAAAUACAGAUUAUCCAUUUGGUGAAGCAGACAGAAGGAGUUUGGUUCGUAUAGUCAUAAACGAACUCAAGACAUUACAUGAUACACUUUAUCCACCAGAAGAAGCUAAAAUUGCAUUAGCAAGUGCAAUAGUCACUGAAUUUCCACGCUUAACAGCUAAUAGAGAAAAUAAUAAUAAACAAAAAGGAUAUGAACAUUACUACAGUCCAUUGACCAAGCAAGGUUUUUUAGAAUAUAGAUUAUGGACUAUUCGCAAAUCAGCUACUCCAUCAAAGAAAAAAUACAAUAAAAGUUGCAUUUCAACUAAUUCACAAGGAGAAAUAAGUAAACGCCAAUUGAAUUUUAAUAUAGCUUCUACCCAAUUAUUACCAGAACAACUAUUAGAAGAAAAG